AUGCCGCCUCGUUUCAACGAGAUUCUCGACUCGGAAGAUGAAGAUGAUCUCGUUGCUGUAAAGCCUCCUCCUCUGGUGGCGACUACUCCAAGUGGGGAAGACGCGCCAGUCGACAUGGAUGUAGAUCAAUCUACUGCCAGCACUGAAGAGCUGCUCAGACGUGCUCAAGUCGCCUUGAUGGCUCCCACCCAAGAAGACGUCCCUGUUGUCAAUUUCUCUGAUCUCGCUGCCACUUCCGUCGAUACUUCUCCCUCGAGUACAAACAAGAAGCGCCCUCUGCUCGACACUGAUCCUCAACCUCGUUCGUCUGGAAAACUCAAGCGCAUUAAGAUUGUCACAAAGCCCGAGUCUGAAGACGCUUCCGCCGACGUCUAUGAUGUACCUCACGUUCCUCCUUUCGAUGGCACCAGCGACACCAUUCCCGGUCCUACUCUGCCAUCUGCAGCUGGCCAUGAUCUGCUCAAUCCAACGAGAACUCCCAAGCCUGGACUGCGCAAUUCUUCCCAAAACCAACACUCGUCUUCCGACCAGAUGAAUAGCCUUACUCCAUGGUCCGGCACUGCUGUUGCAAGCAGCGAUAAAAUCAACUCUGACGAUGCAAUUGGUCUGCCCAAAGAGAUGUACAUCCCUAGACCCAGUCGAUCGAGGUCUGCACAAGUCGAAAAUAGUCACAUUGACUACGCCUUAAACGUCGAGAAGGCUGCCAAAAAAUCUAGACCAAAGCGCUCAAUCACAGACUCUGCCGAUCAUUCCACCUCGGCCUCAAUAUUCCCCGAACAUCCCAUCGAUCAAGCUCCUGAGUUUGAGAGAUUGUCGCCCACCCCUGAUGCUGGUCAUCUCAAGAAUUCACCACAACUUGCGUCCACUGUACCCGAGUCUGUCCAGGCGCCUUUCUCAUCUGCCAAGUCUUCGAAAUCGGGCAAGAAGUCCACCAAUACAAAACAGCCUGGUAAACGCGGUCGCCCCAGGAAAAAUGUUAUCGUGGACGAGGAAGAUGAAUUGGCACAAGAGAAUGUUACUUCAUCGACAACCAAGACACCCGCAUCGGCCAAGACAGAGGUUCAGGUCGUCAUAGAGCCAAAAUCUGAAUCAUCAUUGGCAGCUACUGUAUAUGCACAGUUGCAGCAAAGGUCGCGGGAAUCAACCACAAAGCCACUAGAUGAACAACCGCCACCGGAGGAUAUAUCUGCGCAAUCCCAAGAAGCGAAUGCCGAGACUGUCAAGGCCGAACCUCUUCAAGCUGACGAGGAGUCGGAGGAUGAAAUCGUAAAGCCUAGAACUAAUGCCAGAACCAAAGCUAAGGCUAAGUCAAAAGCGAAAUCGAAGACACCAGAGCCAGUCUACAAGGAAGAUGAUGAGUCCGAGCACGAAGUCUACGACGAAUACUCGCAGGAGGUUAUCAAAACGAAACCGAAGAGCAAAGCAAAACCAAAGGCCAAAGCAAAAGCAAGAGGCAAAGCAGCGAAAGCUGUUGUCGAGCCAGAUCCGCCUUCAGAUCAUGAUGAAGACACGCCAGAGCAGCCUCUAGUGGACGACCACGAAUCGGCAGCGGACCAAAUCUCCGAAGCAGAAGAAGACUCAGCAGAAGAAGAAUCCCCAAAACCAAGAUCCAAGGCCAAAACAAAGGCAAAACCUGAACCCAAGUCGAAAGCAACCGCAAAAUCCGAACCAGUGGCUCCGGAACCUGCUGCUGCUACACCCAAGCCAUCCCCUCCUAUCCCUCAAGCAGAAACGCCAAAACCUGCUGCUGUCGAAGUAGCUACUUCAGCUGCGGUUGUAACGCCCACAGUCGCUACUAUCAAGAAGGACGCAAAGUCAUCUACUAAACCUAGUUGGCAACAAUCGACGUAUCGGGUAGGAUUGAGUAAGACACAACGAAUUCCAUCUCUGCUCAAGGUGUUCAAGAAGUAA